AUGAGGAAGAGAGACGACGCUAGGGCCACGGGAGGGCGGCUCAAGCCUACCUACCGGCAGUAUGACCACUCCCGAUGGAAGCCUGUCGGAAUUACGGAAGGCCGAAGAGACAGCCGGAAGUCUGUAGAAGCCGGCUGUAGUUACGGAACACGAAGAGACAGCCGGAAGUCUGUAGAAGCCGGCUGUAGUUACGGAAGGCGAAGAGACAGCCAGAAGUCUGUAGAAGCCGGCUCUAGUUACAGGAGGCGAAGAGACAGCCAGAAGUCUGUAGAAGCCGGCUGUAGUUAUGGGAGGCGAGACAGCCGGAAGUCUGUAGAAGCCGGCUGUAGUUACGGAAGGCGAAGAGACAGCCGGAAGUCUGUAGAAGCCAGCUGUAGUUACGGAAGGCGAAGAGACAGCCAGAAGUCUGUAGAAGCCGGCUGUAGUUACGGAAGGCGAAGAGACAGCCAGAAGUCUGUAGAAGCCGGCUCUAGUUACAGGAGGCGAGACAGCCGGAAGUCUGUAGAAGCCGGCUGUAGUUACGGGAGGCAAAGAGACAGCCGGAAGUCUGUAGAAGCCGGCUGUAGUUACGGAAGGCGAAGAGACAGCCGGAAGUCUGUAGAAGCCGGCUGUAGUUACGGAAGGCGAAGAGACAGCCGGAAGUCUGUAGAAGCCGGCUGUAGUUACGGAAGGCGAAGAGACAGCCGGAAGUCUGUAGAAGCCGGCUGUAGUUACGGGAGGAGAAGAGACAGCCGGAAGUCUGUAGAAGCCGGCUGUAGUUACGGAAGGCGAAGAGACAGCCGGAAGUCUGUAGAAGCCGGCUGUAGUUACGGAAGGCGAAGAGACAGCCGGAAGUCUGUAGAAGCCGGCUGUAGUUACGGAAGGCGAAGAGACAGCCGGAAGUCUGUAGAAGCCGGCUGUAGUUACGGAAGGCGAAGAGACAGCCGGAAGUCUGUAGAAGCCGGCUGUAGUUACGGAAGGCGAAGAGACAGCCGGAAGUCUGUAGAAGCCGGCUGUAGUUACGGAAGGCGAAGAGACAGCCGGAAGUCUGUAGAAGCCGGCUGUAGUUACGGAAGGUGAAGAGACAGCCAGAAGUCUGUAGAAGCCGGCUGUAGUUACGGAAGGCGAAGAGACAGCCGGAAGUCUGUAGAAGCCGGCUGUAGUUACGGAAGGCGAAGAGACAGCCGGAAGUCUGUAGAAGCCGGCUGUAGUUACGGAAGGCGAAGAGACAGCCGGAAGUCUGUAGAAGCCGGCUGUAGUUACGGAAGGCGAAGAGACAGCCGGAAGUCUGUAGAAGCCGGCUGUAGUUACGGAAGGCGAAGAGACAGCCGGAAGUCUGUAGAAGCCGGCUGUAGUUACGGGAGGCGAAGAGACAGCCGGAAGUCUGUAGAAGCCAGCUGUAGUUACGGAAGGCGAAGAGACAGCCGGAAGUCUGUAGAAGCCGGCUGUAGUUACGGGAGGCGAAGAGACAGCCGGAAGUCUGUAGAAGCCGGCUGUAGUUACGGAAGGCGAAGAGACAGCCCCCCUUCGUCACAGGGC